AUGGCAGAGCAGCGUCUGCUCACGCCAACGCUAUCCUCCCGCCAAAACCAAGCACAACAAACUCUUUCCAAAAUGAACCCGAUAACCAUUCCUGCAGGAACUUCAAACAACAACCUUAAAAAUCUCCGUCUUAACCUCAAACCCAAAACACACCAAACCAGCAAAACAAUUCCAACAUCCAUCAACAAAAAUUCUAAGACAAGUCCUAAAAACACUCCUCAGCAAAGUAAUGCUACAUCAGAAGAUACCCGAAAAAGGCCACACAAGCCCGACAGCUUAGAAAACAUCAAUUCCAUUCAGUCAAAGAAAGUAAACACUGAGCAAGGCACAGCUAAUCAAGAGGCUGACAACAGCAUGCAAAUCAGUGAUGGAGAGAACGUUGAACAGGAAUCGAUGCCGGAAGAACUACUCAGAUACAACAGUGACGAUCUAGGUCCCUAUCAGAUUAUAGUUCAACCCAACAAUGAACAAACUGGAACCAGAAUGCACCCCUACCACCUGAGCAAGGUAGUUCUCGGCAUUCUCACUGAACAAAAAAUCCAGUCCAGCAUAGUAGAAACAAAGAUCGUAGAAAUACACAAGCAAGCAGCCAAGCACAACAUCUCUUUUAACGACGCUCGCCAGCAACUCACUCAACAUCAGGACUCCACUCCACCAUCCUUACCGACAGCCUCUCCGCUAAACCACCACGAAUUUCCAGAAUUAAGAUCAACAAAAAAGAACUCCGUGAACCCUUGGAAGCAACAACAGCUCCAACUACAAAUACCGGACACACAUUUAACACCAGCAAAAGAUAAAUGUCAGUGCAAAUGCGACGAAACAUACGCCAAAAUAAUAGACUAUCAACAACAGCAAAUCGAAGCUCUCCGAACCCAGAGAGAACACUUCGCAACCAGCAUGCAAAGUCUCCUUACACAAGAAACGUUUGGUGAUGUCCUCACCCAGAAAGUUGAAGCCAUCAUCACUGAAGACAAUCUGAAUGUCCCACCGACCUACGAAGAAAUAAUUACAUCAUCAAAGACUCCCUCUCUGCGGCGACGAAAACAAGAGACUCUAGGAAGGAAAGUGCCAGUGCCAAUCAACACACGCCAUCUCCAAAAAAUAAUCCCAAGACUAGAAAAAUUCGUACUCCUGCCCCGUGAAAGCCAAACAAAAAGCUUGGCGGGAAUAUACUGCGUCUCUCAACAGCACUAUCCCCAUAGCCAUGCGGUCUGGAAAAAAUUUAAAGCCUUCAAAAAUAGAAGAUUAUCCAAUCCGUACACACUCCCGAGACAAGAGCUCAACAAAAGCUCAGUUGAACAAAAAAAGCUUGAAUUCAUUGAAAGCUACUGCCAGGAAAGCCGAAUAAACUCAGACAGCUCAACAGCACAGGAGCUAUUCCACCAAGACACCGCCGAAGCUCCCCAACCAUCAGCACCCAAUUUUCCAGACUACGAAAUUUCUUUAACAGAACUAAACUCCGCCAUACGGCGAAGUAAAUCAGGAACAAGCCCAGGACUUGACCAAAUCACCUAUGACAUAAUCAAACGUCUCCCUGAAGCUCUGAGAAAACUAAUCAUGGACUGUUACAACAACUUUCUCCGACUCAAAAAAUAUCCCACUUUCUGGACAGAGCACUUAGUCUAUCUACUCCCCAAAGGAGACACAAACAAAUUUAGGCCCAUCACCCUGGCACCCUGUUUUCUUAAAAUAAUGGAAAGAAUUUUGGUAGACAGAACCACGUGGUGGCUGGAGCACAAUUCCAAGCUCCCCAACACCCAAUAUGGAUUUAGAGCAGACAAAAGUACUGCAGAUAAUUUAUCAGUAGUCACUGGAGAAAUUUACACCGGGUUCGCCCAAGGUGAGUAUACUAUAACGGCAUUUCUUGACAUCAGAGGGGCCUUCGAUCAUGUCAAUCCGGACAAGUUGCUACAAAUUAUGCUAGACCUCGAUAUUCCCACUUCCUACUGCUCCUUCUUCUACUUUCUAAUCAAGAAGCGCAAACUAUACUUUGUGACCAACAGCAGCCUAACAGAACCGCAGGAUUCCUAA